GAGUUAAUGCGCUACUCUCGGCCUCAAGCUUCAUUUACGUACCGGCAACAUGACUAUGCCAGUGUUGUAGGCCCUGUUCGAUCUCCCCUGGCAUUGGGCUCUUCUCUAGAUGCGACUGGAUCCGGAACAGGCUCUGCUAGUGGUGUCACUGGCAGCAGUGGUGGAACUCGAACUGCUCGCGAUCAUCCCCUUUUACGGCCUGACAGGCCACCUGGAGUGUGUCUUACCGAGCUUGUGCGUGACGCAGCCGCUCGUCUACCUAAUGGGGAGGGUACCCGGCAAGAGAUCAUGCAAUUAGUCAGUGAAAGUGUUUUCCUCGUUGAUCAACCCAAUCCUGCACAGCCUUAA